AUGGGAAAGGUUCAUAAGAUGAAACGAGAGAAGGUCUCUGCGUCGACAAUGCGAGUUUUGAUUGAAGCUAUUGGUGCUUCAGGUCUCUCAACCAUAUCUAACACCUUGGAUGAGUGUAGUAAUCGGAAAAAGAGAGCUGAUAAAGAGAUAACUUGUGAGAUGGAAGCUGUGGCGGUUGCUUAUGAUAUUUUCAACAAUGUUGCUCAGCCAAAUUGUAGUUACAUAGAGGAAGAUGACUUGCUAAGGUUCAUGAUCAAGGAAGAGGUAGACCUUGUACUUCCUUUAAUAGAUGGUGGUGAGUCAGGAAAAAUCACACGCAACGCUUUUACAGAAUGGGUGAUUAAAGUUUACACAAGUCGGAAAGCAUUAGGGCAUUCACUGAACGACACAAAAACAGCGGUUAAGCAAGUGGACAAACUUAUAAUUGGACUCUUGUCGGUUGUCACAUUCAUCAUUUGGUUGAUACUUCUAGAUGUAUUAACGACCAAGUUUUUGGUGGUGUUCUCCGCAAAAUUCGUGGGUUUUGCUUUCUUGUUUGGAAGCACUUGCAAGAAUAUCUUCGAAUCCUUUGUGUUUGUCUUCGUGAUGCACCCUUAUGACGUCGGUGAUCGUUGUGUUAUCGAUGGUAUGAUGUUAUUGGUUGAACAAAUAGAUCUUUUAACUACCGUGUUCCUCAAGAUUGACAAUGAGAAAGUGUUUUAUCCAAAUGCUACCUUGAUAUCAAAACCAAUAAGCAACUAUUAUAGAAGUCCAGAUAUGGGAGAUUCAAUACCAUUCUCCAUCGCAUUCUCAACUCCUGCCGCGAAAAUCGCUACUCUCAAGGAUAAGAUAGCAGAGUACUUGGUGCAGAACCAACAAAAUUGGUACCCAGAACUCAUGUUGUUGGUGAAGGAGAUCGAAAAUGUGAACAAGCUGAAUUUGAAUCUGGUCGUCACACACACCAUCAACUUCCAAAAUUUUGCAGAGAAGAAUCUCAGGAGAACCGAGCUGGUCAUCGCGCUCAAACGAAUACUCGAGGACCUAGAGAUUGAUUACACCCUCCUCCCUCAAGAUGUUCAUCUCAAAUGAUAUUUUCCUUCUGUCCUUUUGCAUUUAUUUUCAGUAGUAACUUGUUAUUACAACAUGAGUUGCCUCGAUUCAAUUUGAAUUAUAAAACUCGGUUUAGUUUCGGUGUGUAUUUCACUAAUUC